AUGGCAACCAAGACAGAAAAGAAGCUGUCAGAGUACGUGAUCCAGCGGAAAGGGAUCCUUGUAGUGCAGAAGGCAGUGGAAAAGUUCGCGGAGAAUUUCGAUUGCGAUCGGGAUGCGUGCCAAAUUCCAAUUCGCCUCGAUUCACUGGACCGGAUCUACAAGGAGUACCUGGAGGUACAAGGACAGAUCGAGUUGUACGAUAAACCGGAAAUGUUGGAUACCCAUCUGCAAGAGAGAAUGAAUUUCGAGACGCGUUAUUGUACGGUCAAAGGAUUUCUGCUGUCCAAUCGUGCUGCGGACCUCAACCCAACCAUGCUGAACAGCACAAUGGCGGCACCUGUUCAUGCUUCGUCCUCGUUCCAUCUACGAUUACCCAAGAUCGAUCUUCCCAAGUUUAACGGUGAUUUUUCGCGUUGGCUCGCAUUCCGUGACACGUAUACGUCGAUGAUCCACAGCAAUGCAGAUAUUCCGACGGUUGCGAAGCUGCAGUACUUGCUGCAGUCGCUGGAGGGAGAAGCCCGAAAACCAUUCGAGUCCGUAGACAUUGAAGCGGACAACUACGCAUCGACUUGGGAAGCAUUGCUAAAGCGGUACGACAACAAGCGGUUCCUGAAGCGUCAGCUCUUCCGUGCUCUGUACGACCUCCCACCGGUCAAGCGAGAGAACCCUCCAGAAAUCCAAGGAUUGGCUGACGAUUUUCACCGGCAUGUGCGGGCUUUGGCAAAGUUAGGCGAGCCAGUCCAUUAUUGGGACACCCCAUUGGUCAACCUCCUUUCCUACAAGUUGGAUCCAACUACGCUACGUGCUUGGGAGGAAAAAACCAGCAUUAACGACGACGUUACCUAUGAUAUGCUGAUCGAGUUCCUCUACCAGCGUGCCCGAAUGCUGACGUCUGUCGUAACUGACCUACAAUAUCGGUCCCAACAACCGGUUAUAGCCAAGGUGGCCGGUCCGAUUCCAACCCCGAAGCCGUUCAAGGUGGCGUACAAGGCAGCUACCGUUGAACCGAACUACAGUGCUCCCUCGUGCCUCGCUUGUCCAGAGAAGCAUUUCCUCUUCCAAUGCCCUGCAUUUUCCGAGGUGUCCGUCCGCCAGCGCCGUGAGCUGGUUUCCCAAAAGCGCUUAUGCUGGAAUUGCUACCGUACUGGACACCAAGCCCGGAACUCUACCUCCAAGUUCUCUUGCCGUUACUGUCACGAAAAACACCACUCCCUGCUGCACGAGUCAGAAUCGUCGAAGAUGCUAUCGACUCCUGUUAACGAGGAAAGUCAGCCGAUUCCCUCGACGUCCGCCCACGCUGACCCUUCAAGCUCGGCGAAAUCGAACAGCCAAGUAAGCUUAUCGGUUCAGGCUCAGCAUAGUACAGUUUUACUGGGAACUGUUUCUCUCUUCGUCGUAGGUCAGAAUGGCAAGAAGAUCCCCGCACGCGCACUUCUAGAUUCCGGAUCCAUGUGUAACUUCAUCACCAAGAAGCUUGCAAAUUCCCUGAACCUUCAUCGCACCAAGGUGGAUAUCGCAGUAGCUGGUAUAGGAGAAUCCACCAAGCAGAUUAAGUGCCAAUUAACUGCUAUGAUCGAGUCGAAGUCGACACCGUACUCCACCAAGCUCGAGUUCCUGAUCCUCAAGAGACCGACGGUCAACCUUCCGACCGUUCCGAUCGACAUUUCCGCGUGGAAUCUUCCCAAGUUGUCGUUGGCAGACCCCAGAUUCCACAUCCCAUCCGACAUUGACAUGGUUGUCGGUGGUGAAGCGUAUCAUGAGCUGCAUCCUGGCAGCAAGCGUUCCCUGGGAGAGGGACUACCGUUGCUAAUAGAGACGGUGUUCGGAUGGACUGUUUCCGGGAAGAUAUCCAUCAAUCAUCCCACCAUUCCCCGCAUCUGCCAUCUAACCACUGUCGAUCGAAGCUUAGAACAAGCGUUGCAGAAGUUCUGGGAGCUAGAAGCUGUUGAGCCGUGUUCUGUGUAUUCCGUAGAAGAAAAACAGUGUGAAGAACUUUACGCUACUACCACCACUCGCGAUUCGUCCGGUCGUUAUCUCGUUCGUUUGCCACUCACCCGUGAUCCGCUAGUCAACCUCGGCGAAUCCAGAGCCAUCGCCGAACGUCGGUUUCUGAGCCUUGAGAAGCGACUAGAGCGGGAUCCACCCACCAAGGAUGCAUACUGCAAGUUCAUGGACGAAUACGAACGAAUGGCGCACAUGAAGAAGCUCGUCGAUCCAGUAGACGAUGUGAACCCGCACUGCUACCUCCCGCACCAUCCUGUGUUCAAGGAAUCCAGCACAACCACGAAGGUCCGAGUUGUUUUCGACGCGUCGUGUAAAACAUAG